AUGAAAAUACUGUCUAGGAAUAAUGAAUUCAAGGCUAACGUACUGUCUAGGAAUAAUGAAAUCAAGGCUAACGUACUGUCUAGGGAUAAUGAGUUCAAGGCUAACGUACUGUCUAGGAAUAAUGAAUUCAAGGCUAAUGUACUGUCUAGGGAUAAUGAAUUCAAGGCUAACGUACUGUCUAGGGAUAAUGAGUUCAAGGCUAACGCACUGUCUAGGAAUAAUGAGUUCAAGGCUAAUGUACUGUCUAGGGAUAAUGAAUUCAAGGCUAACGUACUGUCUAGGGAUAAUGAGUUCAAGGCUAACGUACUGUCUAGGGAUAAUGAGUUCAAGGCUAACGUACUGUCUAGGGAUAAUGAGUUCAAGGCUAACAUACUGUCUAGGGAUAAUGAGUUCAAGGCUAACGUACUGUCUAGGGAUAAUGACUUCAAGGCUAACGUACUGUCUAGGAAUAAUGAAUUCAAGGCUAAAGUACUGUCUAGGGAUAAUGAAUUCAAGGCUAACGUACUGUCUAGGAAUAAUGAAUUCAAGGCUAACGUACUGUCUAGGGAUAAUGAGUUCAAGGCUAACGUACUGUCUAGGAAUAAUGAAUUCAAGGCUAACGUACUGUCCAGGGAUAAUGAAUUCAAGGCUAACGUACUGUCUAGGAAUAAUGAGUUCAAGGCUAAAGUAUUGACCAGGAAUAAUGAGUUUGAGGCUAACUUACUGUCCAGGAAUAAUGAGUUCAAGGCUAAAGUAUUGACCAGGAAUAAUGAGUUUGAGGCUAACUUACUGUCAAGGAAUAAUGAGUUCAAGGCUAAAGUACUGUCUAGGAAUAAUGAGUUCAAGGCUAAUGUACUGUCUGGGGAUAGUGAGUUCAAGGCUAACGUACUGUCUAGGGCUAAUGAAUUCAAGGCUAACGUACUGUCUAGGAAUAAUGAAUUCAAGGCUAACGUACUGUCUAGGGAUAAUGAGUUCAAGGCUAACGUACUGUCUAGGGAUAAUGAGUUCAAGGCUAACGUACUGUCUAGGGAUAAUGAGUUCAAGGCUAACGUACUGUCUAGGAAUAAUGAAUUCAAAACUAACGUACUGUCUAGGGAUAAUGAGUUCAAGGCUAACAUACUGUCUAGGAAUAAUGAAUUCAAAACUAACGUACUGUCUAGGAUAAAUGAAUUCAAGGCUAACGUACUGCCUAGGAAUAAUGAGUUCAAGGCUAACGUACUGUCUAGGAAUAAUGAGUUCAAGGCUAACUUACUGUCUGGGGAUAGUGAGUUCAAGACAAACGUACUGUCUAGGAAUAAUGAAUUCAAGGCUAACAUACUGUCUAGGAAUAAUGAAUUCAAGGCUAACGUACUGUCUAGGGAUAAUGAGUUCAAGGCUAACGUACUGUCUAGGAAUAAUGAAUUCAAGGCUAACGUACUGUCUAGGGAUAAUGAAUUCAAGGCUAACGUACUGUCUAGGAAUAAUGAGUUCAAGGCUAAAGUAUUGACCAGGAAUAAUGAGUUUGAGGCUAACUUACUGUCCAGGAAUAAUGAGUUCAAGGCUAAAGUAUUGACCAGGAAUAAUGAGUUUGAGGCUAACUUACUGUCCAGGAAUAAUGAGUUCAAGGCUAACAUACUGUCUGGGGAUAGUGAGUUCAAGGCUAACGUACUGUCUAGGAAUAAUGAAUUCAAGGCUAACGUACUGUCUAGGAAUAAUGAAUUCAAGGCUAACGUACUGUCUGGGGAUAAUGAGUUCAAGGCUAACGUACUAUCUAGGAAUAAUGAAUUCAAGGCUAACGUACUGUCUAGGAAUAAUGAAUUCAAGGCUAACGUACUGUCUAGGAAUAAUGAAUUCAAGGCUAACGUACUGUCUAGGAAUAAUGAGUUUGAGGCUAACGUACUGUCCAGGAAUAAUGAGUUCAAGGCUAACGCACUGUCCAGGGAUAAUGAGUUCAAGGCUAACGUACUGUCUAGGAAUAAUGAAUUCAAGGUUAACGUACUGUCUAGGGAUAAUGAGUUCAAGGCUAACGUACUGUCUAGGAAUAAUGAAUUCAAGGCUAAUGUACUGUCUAGGGAUAAUGAAUUCAAGGCUAACAUACUGUCUAGGAAUAAUGAAAUCAAGGCUAACGUACUGUCUAGGGAUAAUGAGUUCAAGGCUAACGUACUGUCUAGGAAUAAUGAAUUCAAGGCUAACGUACUGUCUAGGGAUAAUGAGUUCAAGGCUAACGUACUGUCUAGGGAUAAUGAGUUCAAGGCUAACGUACUGUCUAGGAAUAAUGAAUUCAUGGCUAACGUACUGUCUAGGAAUAAUGAAUUCAAGGCUAACGUACUGUCUAGGAAUAAUGAGUUCAAGGCUAACAUACUGUCUAGGAAUAAUGAAUUCAAGGCUAACGUACUGUCUAGGAAUAAUGAGUUCAAGGCUAACAUACUGUCUAGGAAUAAUGAGUUCAAGGCUAAAGUAUUGACCAGGAAUAAUGAGUUUGAGGCUAACUUACUGUCCAGGAAUAAUGAGUUCAAGGCUAAAGUAUUGACCAGGAAUAAUGAGUUUUAA